GCAGUACUGCAAACCGUCUUCCAUCUAUCAUCAACCAUGCAUACCAUUAAUAGCCCGGAUGUUCCAAGCGCUCAUGCUAUCCGUGAGCAACUUCGUGCUGGAUCUGAAAUCCAUGUCCGUGGUCAUGUUACCCACAAGCACCACAAAGACUUUUCUGUAGAGCUUCUCUCUGGACCCCAUAUCGUUCUUCACGUCAACUUCCGUUUUGAGCAUGACCACAUUGUUGCAAUGAAUACUUGCACAAACGGAGCAUGGGGAGCCGAAAUCCGUCACCACAACCCGCUCAAGCACCACGAUCACUUUAACCUCUCCAUCCAUGUUCACGAAGGAUACUAUCAUAUCUCUGUGAACGGAGAGCACCUCGCCGACUUCCCACACCGUUUCCCAGUUGAAUCAGUUCAAGCAAUUGGACUCAAAGGAGCCGCGCAUAUCGAUGAGAUCUCUUUCUCUGGAUUUGAAUUUGGAGUUGACUGGAACUCUCAACAUGAUUUUGGACAUGCUGGCUACAAUUCCUAUGGUACUGAAACCUAUGUUGCUCCAGUUUUCCAAGAGACUCACUCCUACAACGCCUACUUCUAAAGAUUUUGUAAAUUGUGUCAGUAUGAAUUAUUGUUCUUUUAAUUCUGAGUGAUUCACCAAUAAACAUUCAAUUGG